AUGUCACUUGUAAAGUUUCUGUCUCCUUUUGAAUACGGGGAGCCUCGGCCAGGAUUCUGGGGCCCAGUGACUUCAACAAUCGACUGGUGCGAGGAAAACUAUGUGAUUUCCCCCUAUUUCGCGGAGCUUAUUAACGCCACCACAAAUCUCUCGUUUUACUUCCUUUCCCUCAACUUGGUACGUUCGGCUAUUGUGAACAAACAUGGAUUGAUGUUUGUCUUUGUGUCCAUCGGUAUGUGCGUUGUUGGGAUCGGUUCCUGGUUGUUCCACAUGACUUUAAAAUAUGAAUUCCAGUUACUAGACGAGCUCCCAAUGAUAUAUGUCACAGCUAUACCGUUUGCCUACAUUUUUGGGCUGGAAACAAACUCCAGAGUGAAGAGGAUCUUAGUGUACGGGACCACUACGGUCGUCAUCGGAGCACUAACAUAUAUCUAUUGCUCAGUUUACAAAAACCCUGAACUUCACCAGGCUUCCUAUGCGGUUCUCAAUUUUGCUAUAGUGUUCAAGUCUCUAUCCUUGGUGAAAAAACACGUUACAGACUAUAACCAGAGGCACUUCCUUUAUAAAUUUGUUGGCUUUGCUCUGUUUGAGUUCCUGUUCGGAUUUUUAGUUUGGAAUCUCGACACUUUCUAUUGCUCAGAGCUCAUUAGGGUCAGAAGGCUGGUCGGUCUUCCAUUUGGAGCAUUGCUACUGGAAGGGCACGGAUGGUGGCACAUUCUCACCUCUUUGGGGAUCUUCCACUUCAUUCUCUACAAUCAGAUCCUUAACGUGUGGUACCAUGGGACGCAGGACCAAUACGAGCUGGUUUGGAAGCUAGGCAUGCCGUUCGAGGUUAGACUGAAACAGAGUCCAUCACCAGCGCCGCAGAAAGAUGAGAAAAAGGCCACUUAA